UGCGUUAUAUCAAAGCCAUGAUCCAUGACCUGGAGCACUCUCAUCUAUAAACCCUUCACCUUCCUCGCCGUCUCGCUCACUUCGCUGCUCUCCUCUGCUAUUAUCGUAUUUUUACUCACAUUCUCUAUCUCGAGCUCCGUCGCAAAGCUAUGGCAUUACCUGGUCAACAAGUUGUCGAUUACCCAAACUUCAAGCUCGUGAUCGUUGGUGACGGAGGCACUGGAAAGACUACUUUUGUGAAGAGGCAUCUUACCGGGGAGUUUGAGAAGAAAUAUGAGCCAACUAUUGGUGUGGAAGUUCAUCCUCUGGACUUCUUCACCAACUGUGGGAAAAUUCGAUUUUACUGUUGGGAUACUGCUGGGCAAGAAAAGUUUGGCGGUCUUAGAGAUGGUUACUAUAUCCAUGGACAAUGUGCCAUCAUCAUGUUUGAUGUCACCGCUCGUUUGACAUACAAGAAUGUCCCUACAUGGCACCGUGAUCUUUGCCGGGUGUGUGAGAAUAUCCCAAUUGUUCUAUGUGGAAACAAAGUUGAUGUAAAGAACAGGCAGGUUAAGGCAAAGCAGGUGACAUUCCACAGGAAGAAGAAUCUACAAUACUAUGAGAUAUCAGCCAAGAGCAACUACAAUUUUGAGAAACCAUUUUUGUACCUUGCUCGUAAGCUUGCAGGGGACCCAAAUCUUCAUUUUGUGGAGUCUCCUGCUCUUGCUCCACCAGAAGUUCAGAUUGAUAUGGCAGCACAGCAUUUGCAUGAGCAAGAACUUGCAGCUGCUGCUAGUCAACCGUUGCCAGACGACGAUGAUGAUACAUUUGAGUAGAGGUCUAUAAUCGUGGAGCGGCUUUUUUGUCGUGUUUUAGUUGACCCUCUCUAGUAUGUCUUGCACCACCAUGUUCCCGUACUUGUUAAAAUAUUUGGUUAUUGAGAUAGGGACUAAAGAUUGAGAUGGUUUACCAUUGCUUUGUGAGUCAAUAUUGUGAUUUGUUUAUGAUAGAGCUUGUUAUUCUUUGGCUCUAAUACACUUCUGCUUGUGCAUGAAGUUUUGGUGUAGGCAUAUAUGAUAUAUGAUGAUUGGUUUGAGACUGUGUAUCCCGGAUUAAACAUCAGUAUUUAUGGUGUGUUUGAGUAUACCCUGAAAAUUUGUUC